AUGCCGAGGCCGCUGCGUCGGUUGGUGCUCGCAUCCGGCUUCGCAUUACUGUUGCUGUUCGGCCUGUACGUCAACCUCUACCAGGACGGCAACUACCAGAGUCUGCGUGCCUCGCUGUUGCCCCUGGCCAAAGGCAGCUACGGCGGAAGUGUGACGCAGCCGGAUUCAGCAUCAGCGCCGGAAGAUCUGGGGCCUCUGGGGUCCAUUGAUACGGACAUCACCGUGCCAACCGACACAGCAACGCCCACGACAUUGGAGACCAUGGCGAAACCCACGGCGCCAGCACCCACCGUCACCAUCCGCCAGGGCACCUAUGUCGGCACCACGUUGCUCGCAUCCACCCGCUAUCCAAAGGCAGUUGAGGCCUUCCGCGGCGUGCCCUAUGGCCAGGACACGGGAGGCGAGAACCGCUUUCGCCCGCCAAAGCCGGUUCCGCCAUCCACAGAGACGUUUGAUGCACUGGCCUUUGGUCCGGUUUGUCCAAGUGACGGUGUGCUUGGCAAGGGCGUGGGCGAGGACUGUCUGAAUCUGAAUGUCUACCGGCCUGCCGGCCUUGUCAACAGGGAAGGCUAUGCGAAAGAGGGCAACGGCACGCAAAAGGCGCGGCUGCCCGUUGUCGUGUAUAUCCACGGCGGGGGCUUCAAUGUGGGCCGUGGAAUCGAGCGAAACAUGGCGAGCUUCGUCGCUUGGGCUGAGGCGCCCAUUGUGGCCGUCAACUUCAACUACCGGGUUGGCGCUCUGGGCUUUCUGCCUUCGGCUGUAACGGCUCGGGAGGGCUUGUUGAAUCUGGGCCUGCGGGACCAACAGCUGCUCCUCGAGUGGGUACGCGACAACAUCGAGGCGUUUGGUGGCGAUCCGGGGAACGUGACCAUCAUGGGGCUCAGUGCAGGCGCACACUCGGUCGGCCACCACAUAAUGCACUACGCUCGCUCCUCAUCUCCCGCGCCCUUCCACAAAGCCAUCCUCGAGUCAGGCGCCACCACUGCUCGCGCCGUCUUCUACCCGACCCACCCUCGUCACCUGGUCCAAUUCCGUGAAUUCCUUAUUGCCGCUGGCGCCGACGGCAUCCCUGAAUCGCAGAUCUUCUCUCACCUGCGCACACUCCCGCUCGAGACCAUCGUGACCGCCUCCAAAGCCGUCUGGGACAAGUACGUCGAGCACGUAACCUGGCCGUUCCAACCCGUCAUCGACGGCCCCAACCCGCUCGCCAACUCCAGCCACACCCAACCCGACCCCAUAAUCCCCACUCUUCCCAUCACCUCCUGGCUCAACGGCUCCCACCUGCACAUCCCCAUCCUAACCGGCUACAACACCAAUGAGGGCACAAUGUUCAUCCCGCCCAAGGCCGACACCUCGUCAGAUUUCCGCUCCUUUUUCCAGUCCCUCAUCCCCUCCAUGACCGAAGCCGACCUGGACCGGCUCGAAGCCCUGUACCCGGACCCUCUCACUUCCCCCGCAGACAACAACCCUUACAAGAGCGUGCCCCGCGGCAUGGGGCGGCAAUGGGCGCGCCUGGACGCCGCGUACUCGCACUACGCCUACAUCUGCCCGGUCCUGCAGACGGCCCACUUCAUGAGCAAAAACAGCAGCAAGAAGGAUAGGGUCUACGUCUACCGCUACGCCGCGACCUCGACGUGGGGCACGGCAAACCACGUCGACGAAGUCCCCGCCGUGGUCUACGACAUGAACGUGCUGCGCGGCAAGCCCGGGCUGGAACAGGUCGCCAAGGCCAUGCACGGCAUGUGGGCGCGCUUCGUGGCCAGUCCCGUCGGGGAUCCCAAUCCCAACCCGACCUCCACUUUUGACUCUGACUCGGAUUCAGCUUCUGGGGAGGGGAACGGGAGAAGCAAGAAGGCGGCGGCGGUGGAAUGGCCUGUCUUUCUGUCGCCCUUUUCCGACGAUGGUCCGACUUGGAGCGCGAGUCCCGCUGAUAGGCGGAACAGACGGGUGGCUGACGGUAGCGGUAGCGGCAGCGGCAGUAUCAUGGUCUUUGGGGAAGGGAAUAACGAGCGGGAGCCGGGCAAGCUGAUCAAGAAUCGGGGGAUCCCCGCGCAGGUGCAGGAGCUGAGCGAGUUUGAAAAGGAGGCAUGUCGCUUCUGGUGGGAGAGGGUGUGGUUGAGCCAAGGGCUGGGGAAUGCUCAUAGAACGGCGAAACUGUAG